AUGGUCCGCAUUGCUGCCGUCCGAGGCGCGGCGCACGCCCGACAUCUCUGCCGCCGCAUCCCUGCGCCGACCUGCCGCGGCCCCAGCGGCAUCACCGCCGCCGUCGCCGCGCCGGCAGUCUGCUCCCGACCGUCCUCCGCCCACCCCCGACACCUCUCCACCACACGCGCGCUCGCCUCGACGGCGCCCCCCACGAGCCGCAGCAUCGCCGAGCUGCCCGACCGGACGCACCCGCGGUACCUGCAGAGCGCCAAGCCGGGCUCGUCGCUGCUCGUGCUCAACUGGCCGCGGCCGCCGCGCAACCUGCUGCUGGUGCAGAAGCUGUACGCGCCCGACGUGACCGAGUCCGUCAUCCUCUUUGCGCGGCACAUUCGCAGCGAGUACCCCGACGUGCAUAUUGUCGUGGAGCCGCGCGUGGCCGACGCCAUCCAGAAGCACCUCGGCUUCGCGGUGUUUGUCGCCGACCACCGGUCCAACAUUGCCGACAAGGUCGACGUCGUCGCCACGUUUGGCGGCGACGGCACCGUGCUGCGCGCCGCCAGCCUCUACAAGCUGCACGGCUCCGUGCCCCCCAUUGUCUCCUUCAGCAUGGGCACCCUCGGCUUCCUCGGCGAGUGGAGCUUCGCCGACUACAAGAAGGCCUGGCGCCAAAUGUACAUGAGCGGCAGCGACGUGCCCGAGGCCCGCGAGGCCGACUACCUGCAGCAGGGCGAGAACAGGAACCUCACCACGCGCGGCGCCGUCCGCCACGAGGGCUGGGAGCGCAUGAAGGGCAAGUGCCUCGGCCACCAGCGCGCGUCGCGCGUCCUGCUGCGCCACCGCAUCAAGGCCGACAUCUACGACCGCGCCGGCCGCAGCAUCAACCACCAGGUGUCCGACUCGCUCUCCAGCCAGGGCCGGUCGACCAUUGCCGAGUCCAAGGAGCCGUCGCCGUCGCUGCGCGCCAUCAACGAGAUCUCGGUCCACCGCGGCUCCCACCCGCAGCUCGCCAUCAUCGACAUUUACCAAAACGGCCACUUCCUGACCGAGACCACGGCCGACGGCAUCCUCAUCAGCACGCCCACCGGCUCCACCGCCUACAGCCUGAGCGCCGGCGGGCCCAUUGUCCACCCGCUCGUCAAGUCGCUCCUCAUCACCCCCAUCAGCCCCUGCAGCCUGAGCUUCCGCUCGCUCGUCCUGCCCCUCGACACAAAGGUCGUCCUGCGCAUGAGCUCGCGCAACCGCGGCCGCGAGCUGGACCUCAGCAUCGACGGCAAGCGCUGCUGCGGCGUCCUCCCGGGCACCGAGAUUCGCGUCGAGGGCGAGUUUGUCGGCCGCGCCGGGCCCGGCGAGGAGUGGCACGGCGGCGUGCCCUGCGUCAUCCGCAGCGAGGAGGAUGAUCCCUGGGUGGGCGGUCUUAAUGGGCUGCUCAAAUUUAAUCAUCCCUUUGGCAGAGACCCCGCGAUGGAUGACAUGUCGGACUGA